AUGCAGGCCGCCCGCGCCCUGCCGCGCCGCCUCCACCGCGCUGCGGGCCACUGCCGCGACGUCGCUGCGUCCGCCCGCGUCAAGCCGGCGCCGGCGCCACCGAGCCUCGGCCUCAUGGUCGUCGACGGCGCGCUGCUCCUCUUUGUCUGCGAGGCCUUGAACCAGGUCGGCGGCAAAGAGCUUAGCUUCGAGAAGGCGCUGGUACCGAUGGCUCUUGGUGGCCUCAUGUUCCCGCUCUAUGCACGUAUUGACGCCUUCUUCCCGACCAUGCACAAGCCUGUCGUCUCGGCGCUCGGGAAGCGCAUC